AUGCAGUCGCUGGACAAGGCGCGCUCCAUCCAAUUGUCAGACUGUGGCAUGUUGGAGAGCUUCGCCUUCAACGGCGCAGAGUUGUCACAGAUGGGGGUGAGCAAUUGUGCCAAGCUUGCUUCCCUGGCGUUGGGCAGGGUCACGCGCAUGCAGUCGUUUGAGCUGGAAGGCUGUCCGGCCAUGCAGGCGUUUUGUUGUCCUCUUCGGGAGGCGGACGCGCUGCGCAUUUCGGACUGCACCAGCUUACUUGCGGCUGACUUGAGCAAGAUGCAGACGGUUGGCAUCCUCUCGCUGUCGCAAUGCAGCCAGCUGCGUCACGUUGUGUUCUCUGGUCAGCGCGUGGGUCGGCUGCGGCUCCUGCGCUGUGACCGUAUUCAGCAGUUGCUCCUUCCGAAGCUGGAAACUGCAGAUGUGGUGCAUCUGGCCGAUUGCCCAGCGCUAGUGACCUUUCACGUGCACGAACAAUGCCGAAUCUCGCAGCAGGUUUACGUGAGGCGCUGCUCUGACGUGCUCACGCUGUCCCGAACCCUGAGCACGGAGGAGCUGAACACGGACAUGCCGUUGAUGAGUGUGCUGCAUGAUCACGCGCGCCUUCGCGUGAGCACGCUCGAGCUUCAUCACCAAGCCAUUCGCGACCUCACACCGCUGCGCACGUUGCCUGAUUCCGUGCAGGUGAAGGUGUUUCACUUCACACCCCAGCGGCGACGAGAAGCGGGUGCUGCCAGAUGCAUUCGCGAGCUUCACAUGUCUGUGACGCCGUACUCGACCACAGACAUAUACCCGUGGGGGCACGUGCGGGACCUGAGCGUGAGUGGUGGGGAUGCGACCACAAGCAAGAUCACGGGGCUGCAGGAUGCCAAGAACGUGGACGUGAGGCGCUGCUGGCUUGCUGAGGCCAUCUCGAACUGCCAUCGGCUCAACCUUCAUUCUUGCUCUGGCAAGGUGAAUAUCACGCGCGUCCCCAAUCUGACGAUCACCAACGGCACACUCGUUCUGGAGAGCGUGGCGCACGUGCAGGCCAUGACACUGGCCUCGCUCACGCUCAACCUUGGUGUUACUCACAACGUCGACACUUGCCGGCUGACCAUGUGCACCAUCCGCAACUUCAGCGGCCUCUCGGGUGUACGGCACCUUGAACUGGAAAAUUGCAGCUUCAAUAGCAUCGACACCCUUCCUGCGGUCCGGCGGUUGCGUGUGCACCGCUGCCGCACGAUUGUGGGUGAGGGCGAGUUUCCUUUCCGGCGCUGGCGAAGCGUGAGCCUUCACAACCCAACGCAGUUCAUCAUACACUCGGCCUUGAGUCCUUCUGAUGGAGGGUGGGUUGAGGACGAUGAUGGCAGCAUGAGUGAGAAUGGGAGUGAUGGGAUUGACAGCGACCCAGACAGAGAAGACGAGGACGACAUGGAUGACGAGGGGGACGAGGAUGAGGACGAGGAUGAGGACGAGGAAGAUGACACCUACGAUGAGAAUGGAGACUACAGCGCACCGCUGUUCAAUGAGUGACAGACACAGAGAGAGAGAGAGAAGGACAGAGAAGGACAGAUGAGGACAGAGGAGAG